AUGGGGCGUAAGUUAUCAGCAAAGCCUUUAGAUGAUGAUGUAAUAGAAUCUAUGGAAAUGGAUUAUAGUGAUUAUGAAGCUUAUGAUUCUGAUGAUUCUAGUGAUGAUGAUGAAGAUUCCUAUAAUUUUAAGUACGUACUGAAUCUUUGUGGAUUUAAUUUAAUAAGUCUAAAUUUAUUUUGUUAUCCUAAUUCUCAAAUAAUGCCAAUACUCAAUGCUAAUUGUCCAAAACUUUGGGAUCUUGCAAUAGGAUUCAAAGAAAUAAUAAGUCAAGAUUUAGAAAAUUGUUUUUCUAAUAUGCCUAAACUUAAAUUGCUGUCGAUUAAAUGGCAAUGUGAAAAUUCAACUAUACCAAUGACUUUAAUCCAGUCAUUAAAACAAAUUGGUGGAACCUUGGAAGUUUUAAAACUUUCAUGUAGCUUACAAGAGAAUGAUUUGUUUUCACCAGAUUCAUUGGCUCCGGUAUUUCCUCGACUAAUCGCGUUGAAACGUUUAAAUAUAUUGCAAUUUGGACUAAGUCAGCUAUUAAUCCAGUCGAUAAGUGAAAUGAAAAAUUUACAUUUCCUACAAUUAAUGACUAGUUGGUCGAAAAAUCACCCAGUGCUUGAUACAAGAAUCAAUAUGUAUCCAAUUGGAAAUAUGAAAAAUCUCAAAAGUUUAGUUAUUGAUUGUGAUUAUGGCAUUAGAGAUGAAUUUUUGAUUAAUCUUUGUAAUAAUGCUAAAAAAUUAACGGAAUUAGAUAUAGUUGGCAUAAACAUAACAGAUACUGGUAUAAGCGCAAUCAAUAAUUUAAAACAAUUACACCAUUUCCAAGUUCGAUCAAUUUUAAGAUUUUUUGGUCCGCAAUCAUUGAAAAAUGAAUUUAUCACUGAUGAAUCUAUUCAAUGUUUAUCCAAUCGAAAAUUGGACUCUUUGGAUAUAUCAAAUUGCGUUAAUGUUACUGAUAAAUCAGUACUUAAACUUGUUGAAAAUUUACCAAAUUUAACAGAUUUAUCUAUUAGAAAUACAAAGGUAUAA